AUGGAACUAGUGCUAGAAAAUAGUGCUGGCAUUAUACUUCUUCCAGGAGAUCGAUUACUUUGUGGACAAAGGGCUUGUGAUACAAUAACAUCAGCUCUUUGUAAUCAAUGGGCAAAUAAUACAUUUAAACCAAAUAUUACCUCUUAUACAUUUCCUGCAGGAAACCCAAGUAGAGAUUUUUUUAUUUCGUUAAUAUAUUUUAUUUAUUUAUUGAAAUUUUUUAUUCGAAUUAGUCAAGCAUUAGAAGUAAUAUCUUUAAUAUUUGAAGUAUUUGCUGCUCUUCGUAUUAUAAUUGUUAUAGUUAAUGUUGAUGGAUUAGUAGUUGAAGUAAUGUUUCUUGGUGCUGCCAUUCUUUUAUUUAUUAGCAGUAUGGUUAAAUAA